AUGACCAUUUUCGACCCAUCCUGUCCCGCGGCCGUGAUUCCCCCUCCGGGAUCGCCGCCGUCGGGCUGUUCCCGGUGGAAGUACCUAGUUUUCGGGGACUGCGUGUGCUCCACGCGCGACGCCGCGUCGCUCUACUUAGUUUCGCUUCUCUCGUUACUUCUCCUCCUCAUCCCGUCUUCUCCCCUCCCCCUUGUCUUCUUUCCCUAUGUCACUCCCUCUUUCCUUCCCCUGUGCUCCCUCUUUCCUACCACUCACCUAUCAUUCCAUCUCCCUGUGCUUCCCUUCCCCCACCUCUCCCCACUCCCUUCUCCCAUUCCCUCUUCUCGUGCGUCUGCCGGCACCAAAUGCCUGCAUCUCAUCCCUGCAGCUUCCGACCCAGCUCUUCACAGCAAUCGUACGUCCUUCCCUUCCUUCCUUUCCCUUCACAUCCUAAGCCCCUCCGCUCUCUUCCCUCUUUCCCGCUUCACAUCUAUCUUUCGUUUUCUGGAACGACCCACACGUGCUCUCUGCAGCGUGCAGCAGAAAGGGAAAACCGUCUUUCCUCCUCUCCUGUCCCUCAUCCCGCGGCUCCUCGUCCUUCCCACUUCUCCCAAUCCCCCCCAUACUGUCACAUCGCAGCUCUACACAAGCACCACGUGUGUGCUAGUACUGCAGCACGUGCUCUCAGCGUGCAGCAGGAAGAGGCAGCAGCGGCGGCGGGAGAGGAGAGGCAGGAGACUCGCGACCCCCAGCAGAAACGCUCCCUUGCUAGAAGGUCCCCUCCCUGUCGGAACUACCUCUGCGUCUGCCGCUGCUGCUGGUGGUGGUGCCCCUGUUGGUGCUGAUGAUGGUGGUGAUGAUGAUAGUGACGAUGGGGAUUAUAUUGAGGAUGAUUACGGUGCACCCAACGGGCUGUAUCACACCAUCAUUGAUGAGGAUUCGGCUUCACUUCCCCGCACGCUGCUCCCCCUCCCUGAAGCCUCCGGAGUUGGCGGGGGGAAUAGGGGGGAGCAGCAGAGGGACACGUGGCACCAGGGGAUUGGUGGACGGGCGUCAGGGAGGCGGAACAGUGGGAGUGGCAGCGGCAGUGGCAACAGCGGUGGUGGUGGCAGUGGUGGUGGUGGUGGCAGCAGUGGUGGUGGGAAGAGCAGGUCGAUUCCGGUGGGGAUGCCACAGCGACAAUCCUUUGGGCAGUCAUCUGGGUCUUUCUCAGGCAGCUGGCGCCGCCUCACUCUCUCCAGCUCCUUUGGGGCCAGCUUCCCCCGCAACCCCUCUUCCCCCUCUCUCAAUGCGGUCGUUGCCCUCAUCACCAUCUCAGCUGUCUUCGGCCUCUCCUCUCCUUCUCUUCACCCUACCCUCCCCACUUCCCUCCACUCCUGGGCAAACACACCAAGAACCACCGUCUCCUCCUCCUCCUCUUUCCCCUCCACUUCUUCCUCUUCCUCCUCCCCACACUCCUCACCUGCGGUUGUUUUUGCUGAUUUGAACAACACCAGUGCAGCACAAUCAUCGCUCCUCAGGCCAAUGUCGAGAAAGCUGCUAGAGGCACUCCAGACACUCGACGCAGCAAAUGACAUGCCACCUAUCAAGCAUUCUGAGUCGACUCAAGAGUAUUCUGAUCCCGCACCAACCACCAGCACUCACCUCCUUCUACCACAAAACCUCCAUCUCAAACCUCCGCCCAUACCAACUUCCGAGCCUCUCCCAAAACACCAAAAUCCUUCCGUACCAGAUUCCAUCACACUGACUCCCAUCUCCUCGCAAGGCCAUGAUUCUACUCAAGAAACUUUUUUCUCCGAUCCUGACGAUCCUGACUACCCAGACGAUCCGGAGCGACAUGAGGAGUUGCUUUUGAGGGCAGUCGGGCAGUUUCUCGGCUGGGCCAUGACCUGCAUCUAUUUUACAGGGCGAUUACCCCCGAUAAUUCUGAACUGCGCACGCGGGGCGGUCGAGGGGCUGGCGCCGCCCGCUUUUGCGCUGGCAGUGGCUGGGAAUCUGGCAUACCUGGGGAGUAUCCUGGUUCGGUCGCUGGAGUGGAAGCAGGUUCGGCCGAACCUGCCGUGGAUUGCUGACAGCGCAUCAUGUCUGACCAUGGACCUUUUU